CUGCCAUGUCGAAUCAAAACGCUGUGUUGUUGUUGGUUCGUCCAGAGUACCCCGAGACUGAGGCACAGACCAGGAUGCGAACUCCGGAGCGCUGGGAGCAGAAGAAAGAAUUUGCCAUGAAUGUUAACCGCAGGAAUCUGGCGCUGCAGCUGUGCAAGGCCGUGUGCGAUGGGGACCCCAGGCAGGUGGAGGUGCUGCUCAAGCGGGGCGCAGACCCAAACCUUGUGUCCCCCAAGGGGGUCGCAGCCGUGCACCUUGCUGCAGGGAAGGAGACAGAGAAGAGGAUUUGCUGCCUCAGUCUCCUCCUGCAGCACCAGGCUGACCCCAACGUUAGGUCUGUAGAUGACCUGACCCCUCUGCACAUUGCUGCCCUAUGGGGUUGCUACCAGAACCUUCACCUGCUGCUACAGAAUGGAGGAGACCCCAGCCUAGUGGACCAGGAAGGGAACACGGCAGCUGAUUUAGCGAUCCAGCAGGAAAACCGGAAGUGUGCCCAGAUCCUACAGGAGUAUCUCUCCUACAGCCAGCUGGAGUCGGAGCAGGAAGACUCUCCCAGAUGCCAGUUCUCGUUUUAUCGGAGCUGCGAUGGAGACGGCUCAUUCUUUCAUGAGCUUGUAGAGGACGGUGUCCUGGACGACAGCAGCGAGUCAGUCCUUGGUGACUGUCCCCUCAGCAGCACCCGGAGAUCCCUGCAAGAUUCGGACCACUUGGAUCUGUCCACCAUCAGUGCCAGAAACAGCUGGGGAGGCAGGGGCAGUCUGUCAGGACAGCCCGUCCAGCAGUGGAGACGGGGCUCAGACCAGGGUGGCGGCGUGGCUUCGGUGUUGUCCAGCACUCGUGUUUCAACCUCGGGCAGAACGGAUAGCCAGGCUGUCCGCUUGCUUCUUCCUGUGCUUCAGGAAGAUGUCGCCUUGUCCGAUUCCCAUUUCCAACCAGGAGCCACAGAUCGAGGCAGCGUGGAACCUCUCCACGAGAAUGCGGGUGGGGUGUCUGCUGUCAGAGCCCCUCCCCCUGCUAGACGGAAGAGCGUGAGUUUCAGAGAAGUGGAUGAGUAUUUCCCAGCCUGCCGCACAGAGUCGCCCGUGUAUCCCGGCUCUGAAAAGGACCAGACCGAUUCCUCGGUGGACACCACUGUUGACUUCUCCACGUACUCUGAUUUCAUGGAUUCCGAGCGCAUGGUGACCAUCAAGAAGUUUCAAGGCUUGGAUGUCACGUCUCCGGAUCACGUAUUUGUUUUCUGCCAAGCUGCUUCAGCAGAGGAAGCGGUGGAGGGGAGUUUGGCGAACGGAAGAAAUUCUCCUCUGCCUCUCGCUCCUGGUGUUCAGCAGGGCAGCAGUGCGCCAGGCUGCUCUGUGAUGGUCACAAGCCCUAAUCCACGGAGCAACCUUCGCUUCUCCCAGGCAGGAGACGGGGAAGCCAAGAACAGGUCCCCGUCGACUGGGGGAGCAGCCACAAGAGGAGAGGGCUCCUCCCAGGAGGAGGAGUCUAAAAGGGAUUCCCCCUGUGUCAGGGGGGUCAGCCAGGCAUCCCUCAGCCCUUCCCAGGCAACGGUCCCGGUUCAGAGGUGUGUGGCCCCUCCAAGUCUGGGCUCCGAGGAGGCCGGUUUCAGGGAGAUGCUGAGGAACCUGAUGUUGUCCACCAAAGUUCCCCAGCCUCUUCCUGCUGCUGACUGGCCAACUGAGACACGGGAAGACACAGGAGGAGAGGAGACCCUUCCACAUAUGGUCUCCAUCAGCUCGUGUGCCUCCAGUACAGCCAGCCUGCGAGGUGGCAGCGAUCAUCAGCUGGUGAAAGAGAGCCUCAUCUCCUCAAAGUCUUCCUCUGGGAACAGAGCGACCCCUAUAGGAGUGGAGGUUGCAGAGCAGAACUCUCCUCCGCGGUCGCUGACCCCCUCCUCCUUUGUCACGGGGAGGUCCAAGACCCGACAGUCCCGCUGCUUGCUCAGAACCAGCAGCAUCAACAGCAGCACGGCCUCGUCCUCCUGCGCCUCGCUGAGAACCACAAUGGAGAGGAAACGGAAUCUGAAACGGGCAGACUCGGGACUUCUGGAGAGGCAUCUAGCACAGGAUUAUGGUCUAGAGGCUGGGAAGGGAGUUUCCUCACAGUUUGUUUUUAGCGAGCGGGGGGCUGGAGCCAGCCAGGCUGACACGGUUCUGAUCGGUGGGCCUGGAUACAGCCAGGCUAGCACUGUGAUGAUUGAACGGAAUCCGUACACCGAAGGGAAUCGAUACAGUGCUGUGAUUGGCACAGAGAAUAGAGGCAGUCUGGUCGCCACAGUGGUCCUUGAAGAGUCUGCCCGUGGGGAGGACGUAAAUGAUGUCUUUCAUCCCAAGGGUCUGUUUCAAGAAGAUGAGGUGACGCUGCCUAACGGAGACGGUACAGACGUCACGGGGUUCCUGACGGAUGAUUGCUCGAGCACCAGUGGGGAAGGGAUCAAGAUCGCUCCACAAGAAGCUCCCCAGUGUCCCCCUGCCACCGACCGCAGUGCCCAGCGGGAUGAAAGCUGGAUGACUGAAGAUGGAGAGAAUACUCGACUUGACUUUGCUGCCAGGGAUAAUCCAAGCCCCCUUUACCCUCCAGGCCCCUCCAGUUCUUCAGACAACGGGAGGGAGCGUUGCGCUGCGCCAGCUGCCCUGCCCGGUUCCCGAGUCUCCUCCAGGUGCGGCUCAAGGUACAGCAUUAGCCGGCUGUCUGGAGCCCCCCAGGGCCUGCACAAGUUUGAGGCUAACCUCUCGUUCACACCUGGUGGCCGGCCCCUGAUCAUGGGCGUGGCCGAGCCCGUGGAGUUCCUGUACACAGACGAGGAGGGCCACGCCCUGAUAGAAUGCCACGUGCCUCCCACCGCCAACACCUCCAUGUGUUCGGACACCUCUGCGAGCGAGGAGACGGUCUUGUACGACUGGAGGUCCUUCCACGUCAGUCCGAGGAAAGAGAAGGAGAACCGCUCCCCCGACAGAGAGAUCUCCCCCCAGAUCCGCAGGCUGAAGGACGGAGAGCUGAGGCAGAGACUCCAGGAGCUGGGGGAGGAACCCGGACCUAUAAACAGCAUGACCCGGCCCAUCUACCUGCGACGGCUCUCCCGUCUGGAGCAGGAGCACCGCGGGAAGGACACCAAGCACAACCCAGGGUACAGUCAGGAGCUGGCUGCCUGCCUGAGCACUUUCACACUGCCCGACUGCCAGGCAGACAUGAUGACGCUGUGCCACCAGUUCGACCAGCCCGACCUGAGCAGAAAAUGGCGAGAAGGGGUGGUGAAGUCCAGCUUCAACUACCUGCUGCUGGACCCCAGGGUGACAAAGAACCUGCCUUUCCGUUCCUCUACCAUAAGCCCCGCGGAGCGCUUCGAGACGUUCGUCCGCGCUGUCUUCUACGUGGGCAAGGGCAAGCGAUCCCGGCCCUAUAGCCACCUGUAUGAGGCACUGGAGUACUACAAAGGAGACAAGACCAGCAAGAAGCUUUGCUCCAAGGUGCAGCACAUUCUGCAGGUGUGGGCUGCCGGCCAGGGGGUGAUCUCUCUGCACUGCUUCCGAAUUGUCAUCCCUGUGGAUGCUUAUACCCGCGAGGCUGCUGGGAGACGACUGGUCACGGAGAACAAGUUGCUCACCUGGUAA